GGCAUGAAUUUUGUAAAUACAACGUGCGGUUAGCAAAACGUCAGCAAUUUUAGACGGUUUCCUUUUUUUUCUUUGUUAUAAAAGUACACUUAAAAAAUUAUAUAAAACAAUUUUAAAGAAAAUAACAACUAAUUCACCACAGUUGCAAUACGCGUGCGCAAAAGCAUUAAUUUCCCCACUCAGUUGCUCGUUGGAUUUCAACACUUUUAAGUAACGAUCUUGCGUUUACGAGUCUCUCAUGCUCGAAAAGCUCUACUACUUUACCACAACUCACCACACGUAUAAAUACACAACGGUGUGUGCAUACAUUUUUUGUAAUAAAAGAAGAAAAUUUUAAAACUUUGUCGAGAAGUUCGAGAAAUUUUUGUAGUGCGCAGAAACAGUGUAAAUGAAACUUUUAAACUGAUCGGAAGGACAAUUUUGCUGGGUUGCACUGUUGCCCGAUCUCAGACUUUGUUUCAUUUAAAAAAUAAAUAGUUUUAUUUCAACAGUUUUGUGUAUACAUUUUAAAAUAGUUACAUUUUGUGAUUUUUUCUUAAAUUAGUAAAAAUUUAUAUAAUAAAAAAAUAAUAUGGCAAAACUAUUUGUAGUUUUUGCCGUUUUAGCUGUUGCAGUUACAACAGUCGCCGCUACAGAUCGUUUUAAACGUCAAGCCACAGAAGAACCAAAACGGGAAGAAUCCUUCGAAAAGGAGCUUUGCAAAGAUAAAGAUGCUGGUGAAUGGUUCCGUUUGGUAGCUGGUGAAGGUGACAAUUGCCGUGAUGUUAUUCAAUGUACAUCAUCUGGUCUUCAAGCUAUUCGUUGCCCAGCUGGUUUAUAUUUCGAUAUUGAGAAGCAAACCUGUGAUUGGAAAGAAUCAGUAAAGAACUGUAAAUCAAAGAACAAAGAACGUCGCGUUAAGCCUCUCCUACAUACCGAUGAGCCACUCUGUCAAGAUGGUUUCUUAGCUUGCGGUGAUGGUAACUGCAUUGAACGUGGACUUUUCUGUAACGGCGAAAAGGAUUGUUCUGAUGGUUCAGACGAAAAUACUUGUGACAUUGACAAUGAUCCAAACCGUGCUCCACCUUGCGAUCCUGCUGUUUGUGUGUUGCCUGAUUGUUUCUGCUCAGAAGACGGUACCGCCAUACCCGGUGAUUUGCCUGCCAAGGAUGUGCCUAUGAUGAUUACAAUCACUUUCGAUGAUGCCAUCAACAACAACAACAUUGAAUUGUACAAGGAAAUGUUCAAAGGACGCAAAAACCCCAACGGUUGUGACAUCAAGGCCACAUAUUUCAUUUCACACAAAUACACAAAUUACUCUGCCGUGCAAGAGACCGCACGUAAAGGUCAUGAAAUCGCCGUACAUUCCAUAACCCACAAUGAUGAAGAACGUUUCUGGUCAAAUGCCACCGUUGACGAUUGGGCCAAGGAAAUGGCUGGUAUGCGUAUUAUUAUUGAAAAAUUCGCUAACAUCACCGACAAUUCCGUUGUUGGUGUACGUGCUCCCUACUUGCGUGUUGGUGGCAACAAUCAAUUCACUAUGAUGGAAGAACAGGCUUUCUUGUAUGAUUCCACAAUUACUGCUCCACUUUCGAAUCCACCACUAUGGCCUUACACUAUGUACUUCCGCAUGCCACAUCGUUGCCACGGUAAUUUGCAAAGCUGUCCAACUCGCUCACAUGCUGUUUGGGAAAUGGUCAUGAAUGAAUUAGAUCGUCGUGAGGAUCCAAAUAAUGAUGAAUAUUUGCCUGGUUGCGCUAUGGUUGACUCUUGCUCAAACAUCUUAACUGGUGAUCAAUUCUACAAUUUCCUCAACCACAACUUCGAUCGUCAUUAUGAUCAAAAUCGUGCUCCAUUAGGUCUAUACUUCCACGCCGCUUGGCUCAAAAAUAAUCCAGAAUUUUUGGAUGCCUUCCUUUACUGGAUCGAUGAAAUUUUAGCUAAUCACAAUGAUGUCUACUUCGUUACCAUGACACAGGUCAUACAAUGGAUGCAAAAUCCACGUACAAUCAGUGAAGUUAAGAACUUCGAACCAUGGAGAGAGAAGUGCGUUGUUGAAGGCAAACCAGCUUGUUGGGUGCCAAGCACCUGCAAAUUGACUUCCAAGGAAGUUCCCGGUGAAACUAUCAACUUACAAACCUGCGUGCGAUGCCCGAAUAACUACCCAUGGGUGAAUGACCCAACGGGCGAUGGUUUCUUCUAAGUCAGCGUAUAGCAGUUUUUUAUUUCAAUUUAGCGUACUACUUAUAUAUUUCCAUAUAUUUUCUGUACUACUCUCACAAAUCUGCCUACAACUUCUGGUUUUCAAGCUCAUUUUUGUAAAUAUAAAUUUACUCUCAAAAUCUACAAAAACAAAACUUAUGUAUAAUCUACUGUGCUGCCAAUCACUCAAGUGCCCCUUCAUAGUAUUUGAGUACUCAAUUUAUUAAUUUUAUUUUUUUAAUUUUUUAAUUAUUUUUUUAUGUCUCCAAAUUCUAAUGUUCUAAAACAAAAACAACAAAAAAUUAAUUUUAUUAGUUUUCCCUCAAUUAUUGAAGACUUUUUGACUGACUUUUGGGUCGAAAUAUUGGCCAAACAUUCGAUGUCCAUAUUUGCCACUCGAAGUCGUUACUGUGUUAAUAUUUUUUUUAUAUAAUUGAACAAAAAACAAAAAACAAAAAACAAAAAUCUUUAAAAAAAAUUCUUUUCAAAAAGAAAUUGUUUUAAUUUGUAGUAAUAUUAUUGUGCGUAUAUUUAAAUAUUUUUUAUUACAUAAUUUUAAAUGUAAAAGUACUUUAAUCGAUUAUCAAUUUAUAUGAUAUUAUAAAAAAUAGAAUAUAUAAAUUGUAAAGAAAAUAAAAAU